UCAUCUAUACCCAACUCUAUCUAAACUUACAAAACUACGCUUCUUAUGUUGUACAGAUAUGCCAAAAUACCCUCAAAUUACAUCUGAAAGGACAGAGUUCAAUAAGGUACAAUUGGUCUCAGCAUGAAAUUUAAACAUAUAUGUUAAGGAUAUUCGCAGAAGAUAUUAAUUGUCCACCCCGUAAUUUCGUCAACAACGUAACUUCUCCCUCAGAAAAAUUUCCAUUUCGUUUUAAAAUUUGUCGGAAAGAAGGGAAAAUAAAAGAAAAAUUUUUUCCGGUGAAAAAAGAUUCGAUCUCUUUUGCCGUAAACGGAACUUCAUGGCGAUCCAAUCAGUGAAAGUGGGCAACGUUUCCUUGGGUGCAUCUGAGCAAGAUAUUAAGGAGUUCUUUUCCUUCUCGGGUGAAAUUCAACAUGUUGAAAUGCAUGGUGAUAAUGAACGAUCUCAAGUUGCAUAUGUUACUUUCAAGGACCCACAGGGAGCAGAGACUGCUGUUCUUCUUUCGCAAGAUCAAUUUGAUUUGAGAUUACAUGGUUUUCUUCAGGGGGCAACAAUUGUUGAUCAGUCUGUUACCAUAGAGUUGGCUCCUGAUUACAAGCCACCUGCUACUGCUUCUGCAACACCUGCAACUGAGAACAAAGGUGCUGGCCGGGCUGAAUCUGCUGUCCAGAAGGCAGAGGAUGUUGUAAGCAGCAUGCUAGCCAGGGGAUUCAUUCUUGGCAAAGAUGCAGUGAACAAAGCAAAGGCCUUUGAUGAGAAGCAUCAGUUCACAUCAACUGCCACUGCCAAAGUUGCUUCUCUGGACCAAAAGAUUGGUUUUACUGAGAAAAUUAGUGCUGGCACAACCAUGGUAAAUGACAAAGUGAGGGAAAUGGACCAGAAGUUUCAGGUUUCUGAGAAGACAAAGUCUGCAAUUGCAGCUGCUGAACAGACAGUCAGCAAUGCUGGUUCUGCUAUCAUGAAGAAUCGUUAUGUUUUGACUGGAGCCUCAUGGGUUACUGGUGCAUUCAACAGGGUUGCUAAGGCAGCAGGUGAUGUGGGGCAGAAGACAAAAGAAAAGGUUUUGGCUGAGGAAGAACAAGCUUGCAAACCAGAGGGCUAUGCACGCAUUAACGAGCAUGAAUCGCCCAAAGCUGCUAAACCCACUACUAGUGAGCAACCUUCCAAGCCCUCAUCUGCACAAGCAGAUGAUUUAGUGCACAAGAGUUAGAAUGAACCAAACCGUCCGAUGGAACAGUGUUUUCGGUGAUGUAUUCCUGUCAAAAUAUAACUAUGACUAUAUGUGAAAAUAUGUAUUUAGAAGCAAAUGUCAAACAAAAUUUGUAAAACAAUCAUCAUUUUUUCUGUAUCAAAGUAAAAGGAAAAUUAAGAAAAAAGUAGUAUUGUAAAGGGACCUGAUCAUAUCUUACGUUUGGAUCUGUAUAUCUUUGAAUUGGGUUUUUUCUGAUUCUCAUC